UUUAGCCCUGCUCAAACCAACUAAGGAUCAGACACACACAGAGAUGGAGAAACACUGUGCAAACUGGACUUUUCUGUUGGUGCUCUGUGGCUCCCUGCCACUGGCGAUUCAGGCUGGCAGACACAUGCCAAAACUCUCCGACAAGAAGCUAUGCGCCGAUUCAGAGUGUAGCUAUCCCAUUCUCAUCGCUAAAGCUCUGCAGGAUUAUUAUCCACAAGAUUGUCGCUUCAUACCCAUCCAGCAAGGCCAGUCUGUCUAUGUGUAUGCCAUGCUGAAAGACCGUGGAAACCUUUUCUGGGCUGGCAGUGUUCAAGGGUCGUAUUAUGGAGAGCAGGAAGCUCGUCUGGGUUUCUUCCCCAGCAGUGUUGUUGAAGAGACUCACGCCUUAAUGCCUGCUGAGGUUGAGGUCAAGACUGAUAAAUGGGACUUCUACUGCUAUUAGGAUCGUGUUUUGCCUACAGCUGGAAAAUAAGCAUAAUUAUUGAUUUCACUCUGCACUUUAUGGUGUCACUAUACAUUUAUUAUCUCUAUUAAGCAACUUCAUUUAAUGAUUAGCAUUCAGAUAAACCCAAACACUGUAUACAAAAUGCUUUUUGAUGCAGUAAUUUUAAUAAAACUGAGCUGCUGCUGAUA